AUGCCUCUCCCGACUCACUUCACGCUGAACACCGGCGCCAAGAUCCCCGCCGUGGGCUUCGGCACCUGGCAGGCCGCACCGCACGAAGUCGAAAAAGCGGUCGAGAUUGCCCUGCGCGAAGGGUACAGGCACAUUGACUGCGCAGCCAUCUACCGCAACGAAACCGAGGUUGGAGCGGGCAUCCGCCAGUCCGGCGUGCCUCGCGACCAAAUUUUCAUCACCUCCAAGCUCUGGAACACAAAGCACAGGCCCGAGGACGUCGAGCCCGCCCUCAACAAGACCCUCGCUGAUCUCGGCACCGACUAUGUCGACCUGUACCUGAUGCACUGGCCCUGCGCCUUUGCGCCCGGCGACAAGUGGUUCCCGCUCGACGAGCGCGGCGUCUUCAAGCUCGAUGACGUCGAUCCUGCCGAAACCUACAAGGCCAUGGAGAAGCUGCUGCAGACGGGCAAGGUCAAGGCUAUCGGCGUCUCCAACUUCAACAUCCGUCGCCUCGAAGAUCUGCUUUCCAAGACGACUGUCGUGCCCGCCGUGAACCAGAUCGAGGCCCACCCGUACCUGGCGCAGCACGACCUCACCGCCUUCUGCAAGAGCAAGGGCAUCCUCAUUGAGGCCUACUCGCCGCUCGGUAACAACCAGACCGGCGAGCCGCGCACCGUCGAUGACCCCAAGGUGCACGAGAUCGCCAAGACCCUUGGUGUUGACCCGGGUGUGCUGCUUGGCAGCUGGGGCGUCCAGCGCGGAACCGUGGUCCUGCCCAAGAGCGUGACGCCGCACAGGAUCGCAUCCAACCUCAAGGUGAAAGAGCUGCCUGAGGAGGCCUAUCAGGGCCUGAACGCAUUGGAGAGGCACAAGCGCUUCAACUUCCCCGGUCUGCGGUGGGGUUACGACAUCUUCGAGGAGGUUGGCGAUGCCCAGAAGGUCAAGCAGAGUGCUGAGAGCUUCGGCGAGGAGAACAAGACCAAGUUCACCGUGUAG